GCCACUGGCCCCAGCAGCGCUCUGGGCUGAGGCUGGCCGGGUGGAGGGACGGGCUGGCGGCCCCAGCCUUGGCCCUGGACUAGGAGGGGCCUGCAGGAUGAAGAUGGACUGGCUAACUCAGCGCUGCCAGCUGCCGGCUGCCCAGGGCUGCUCCCGUCCGGGAUGCUUCACUUUGCUGCUGGUAAUAACUCUGUCUUUACUGAUGUACCCAGUGCUGAAGAGUCUAGGUCUUCAGCUGCACUCUGCAGUCACUGGCAGCUAUAUCUCAGGAACCCAUUCCAUUGCUUUCAUUAACUGUCCCAAUGAACAAGUUGCAAAGGAUAUUGCAAGGGCCAUUAUGGAUGAAAAGCUGGCUGCCUGCGUGAAUAUCCUGCCGAAGGCCUCAUCUAUGUAUUUUUGGAAAGGGGAAAUAGAAGAAGCCACUGAAAUACUUCUAUUAGUGAAAACCAGGACGUCAAAAAUAAAUGAAUUAUCGGACUACAUCAGAUCCAUGCAUCCCUUUGAGAUUCCUGAAUUUAUCAGCCUGCCUAUAGACCAAGGAAACCCCCUCUAUUUAAAAUGGAUUGAAGAAGGUGUCCCCGAUGACUAGCUGGCCUGCACCAUUCUGUCCCCCAGACAUACCCAGCAUUUCCUUCCUGCCAGGCAUAGAGGACAUUUGCUUUGGCGCUGUAGUCUUCUCUCACUGCAGGUGGGACUGGUGCAUACAUACGGAAGGACAAUAAAACCCCAAGGGAAUGUUGGUAGCACAAGCACCUGGGAUUUGAAAUUUGACUCCUACUUGAAAUACAGUUUAAUGGACACGCCUUGUUUGUGUAAACCUACAUUCUACUGAGCAUUUAGCAGCACAUCGUAAAUGGAGCCUGAAGGGGAGAAAGGGCACAAGUUGUCCAAGAAUAGUUCCCAAGUUGUGAACAGCAGGGUUUGCAAAGGUGUGUGCGAUGGGAUGUGAGCUCCUAGGGAGAUGCUAUGGCUAUUUUUAGGACCACAGGGUGAAAAUGCACAGGAUAGACCCCAGCAACACAGUCCAUGGAGAAAGACCAGAGUUCGAGUCCACUGGCUUUCAGGAGUUGGCUGCACUGCAGAGGAAGCAUGUGCAACCCCAGUGACAGUGAGCUGGGGUGACCGCUGGUCUGUCUGCCUCCUGAAGAAGGGUUGCUGCAAAGUGGCGGAACCAAAGAUGGGGAAGGUCCUGCCCAGCCCUCUGUCCCACCUGCCCAAAUAAACGUAAAUCAGGAUGCAGCAAAACGUCCCCUGAUGCAUCAGAUCAUAUCAUCUCCUGCUGUGUGGCACUGUUUGCAGCAACAUGUUGCUUUGCAUCCUGACAAGGCAGCAGAGCCAGCCAUUCAGAGUGCUGCCUGCUGAGCAUUUGUGAAAGGAUCCCAGGCAGCACAAAUGAGGACCCACUGGGGUGGGGAAGAAGCUGGGCUGGGGGAUGCAGCUGACAAUAACCCAUUGCUUCUGGGAAGAGCACAAACAGUUAAUGCUCCCCAGAGCAUACAGCAAUGCCUAAAGGCAGUAGGGAUCCAGUGAGGGCCUGUGCCAUGCUGCACAACAGUGCCAGGCUAAGGAGACAAACCUGGUCCAAACAAAAGCUUCCCUCUGGCUGAAGCAAACGCUUUCUCCCUUGGCAGCAUGUAACACUGCAG